AUGUCAACAUGGAUCAUCAACACCGAAACCAAGAGACUGGCGCGUGAGGCUAUACAACCGGAUGAAAUCCCGCAACUACUCCAGCUCGCCUACUAUACUACUGGUUUUCACGCCCUAGCAUCCCACACCCUCGAUGUAUCAAAACGCGUAAUCGCCUGCCAGGAAGACUGGGCUGAAGAUCCAAGGUCAUGGACUGGGUUUACAUGGUUCAAACGCAAUACCAAAGAUCGAUACACGCCGCAAAAUUCCAGCGAUUUACCGGCUCUAGUAGAAACUCUAGACCAGAUGUUGUCUGAGUCAAACCCUUUGGACAACGAGGUUAUACGUACGCUGGACGCAGCGGUGUGGUUCGUGAACGAAUCCCAGUGGCUUGCUGAAGCACAUCCAAGUUUUGAGGCUUUGGGAACAGAGAAGAAUUGGAUGGAUGCAAUACAGGAUGGAGGCUUUGAGGGGGGCUAG